AAUUGUGGAUGAAAUGUGUAUGAAUAUAAUAAGUGUAUUUUCCUUCAGGUUGUGUUCCCCGUUUCUGCCCCUGUAGAAGUAACUAGUGUUGAUGAGGAUGAUCCUGGUGGCUCUGCUGGUGCCUCUACUGGUUCUGUCCAGCGCUGGACGUACCUCAGGUACGAUUGUCACCAGCUGCGAGGCGUGUCACGAACAAGCCGUCUGCCACACCUCGCCCAUGGCAGGUGACAUCACAUGCACCUGUAAGAAGGGCUUCUCCGGAGACGGCCUCAUCUGUUUACCUGGCCACACCUCCACCGCCGACCACCACCACGCCCCUCGCCGUGUCCGCCGCUCCUACCCCACCUCCAACACCAACCUUGCCCAUGUCCGGUUCAGCUGCGGCUUCAACGAGUGCGCCGACGGGGAGGACUGCAUCACGGUCGCCGGCAUCCAGCAGUGCUCCAACCCCUGUAAGAUCUACACGGUCCUGAACGACGCCUGGCGUUCCACCAACAACCACGGGGGCAACAGGCACUGCGACCGCAACGUCCGCUGGGACGGCUAUUACCGCAUGUUCAUCGGCAACCAGAGCGUGUCCAUGCCGGACAAGUGCGUGGAUUCCUUCAAGUGCGGCACCCAGGCUCCCUUGUGGCUGGCGUUUCCUCCCCCCCAGCAGGUGGAUGAAAUUGUCCAGAGUGCAGUCUGCGCCAGCUUCAAUGGGGACUGCUGCUGGCUGCAGUCUCAGCCCAUCCACGUCAAGGCAUGCCCUGGGAACUACUUUGUGUACAAGUUCGUCAUGCCUCCCGGGUGCUUCUUCGCCUAUUGUGCAUAUGUGUCAGCUCCCACCACAACACCAAAACCAGUCAGAACAACAACCACAACAACAACCACCACAACAACAACAACCACGACAACACAAACCCCUGUAAAGGUCACGAAGACAACAAAUGCACCUGUAAAAGACACCACAACAACACAAACACCUGUUAAGAUCACCAUGACAACACAAACACCUGUUAAGAUCACCACAACAACACAAACACCUGUUAAGAUCACCAUGACAACACAAACACCUGUUAAGAUCACCACAACAACACAAACACCUGUUAAGAUCACCAUGACAACACAAACACCUGUUAAGAUCACCACAACAACACAAACAUCCGUAAAUAUCACCACUACGACAAAAUCACCAGUAGAUGUUGUCACCUUGACAAAAACACCAGUAGACAACAAUCGCACCACAACAACAACACAGUCACAGGUUGCCACGACUACGCCAAAAGCAAUGUGUGGUACCUGCAGAGCGGGGGAGACCUGCGUGAGCACCGAUGGGGUCACUUGGCGGUGUGAGAGGCCAGAUCAGCCUGUUUUGCUGCACCCAGAGGUAGUAUGUGGGCGGAGCCUGGUACAGGUGGGUCUCAACAGGACUAACCUGGAGGCCGCUGGUCUGGACGCCACCACCGCUAACCUGGCCGACCCCCGGUGUAACGCUCACGAAGAGCGUGGCGGCAUGGUAUGGUACCAGGUGGAGCGCAAGGAGGGCGCCUGCGGAAACACUCUGGUGACAAACGGAACGGACGCCAUCUUUUCCAACAGUUUAUUCAUCUACCACGUUCCCGACGUGUCCUUCAGCCGACCCGUGAGCGUGCCUUUCUCCUGUGCCUACCCUCUGGAAUCAGAGACCAGCCUGGAUGUGUCCAUCAAACCCUACCUGUCGUAAGUGGAGACGUUACAG